AUGAAAUUCUCUCUUGCCACCGCUGUCUCCUUCAUCGUCGCAGGUGCUGGAUUUGUUAAUGCAGCUCCCUCCGAGGCCAUGGCCAAUUCUAACGAUACCAUGGCUGCCGCGCCAUACGGUAUUAACCUUGGAGAAACGUUCAACAAUGUCGUUGCCUGGGUAGAUGGCCAGAGCAAAUGCAACAACGUCGUGGUUGCCGCUAAAAACACUAACCCAUGCAACAUUCCGUUCAGCCUCAAUGGGAACACGUUCAAGAUUCAAGGAUGUGGUGGACCUCUUUGGAUCACCCAGGGAAGUGGAAACAGCUUCUGGGCCAACUGUGGUUCAUUCAGCGAAGGAGAUGCAUGCGGUGUCCACACGACAUACCACUGCCUUUAA